UAUCGCAAACUGAGAGGAUCAAAUUAUUAAUAAUAAACAAAGAGCCGAAUCAAUACCGGCGAAAAUAUCCAUUUGAAAUUUUGGACUGACGGUUUUAUCGCCUGGAGACUUCAACGCGUGGUGAUACACCAAAAACCGCGGAUGACGAAUUAUCGUGCAGUGCAUUUUCACCGAUCGAGAUUUAUUUAUUAAUCUACAAUUAUUAUUUUAUAUUUUUUUGUGGAAGAGUGCAUUGUGUUAGAGACUUGACGAGAUGAAGGACUGCAUUUCUAUCUGGAGUAGAUUAGCCGGCAGGAGUUUUUCUCCUGUCAGCACAAAUUCUCCACCUGCAUCCACUGAUACUGAGGAUUACUCUGAUAACGAUCCUAGCAGUCUUCAGUCAAAAUCGGCCAUUGUUGUCAACCGAUUUUUCAAUGCCGCAUUACCUGUGCAUGGGGAUGGCAGGCGGAAAUGGCCGAGGAGUAUUUUCGUGCUGAUGACCCUGGGGCUCCUGGGGCUGGCAUUCGGAUGCACCAUCCUCGUGGUUCAACCCUAUGAACUGCUGUUCAAACUCAAAGUGAUGUUCGGGGAUAACGGGGAGAUAUUCGAACUCUGGAGGAAGCCACCUGUGGAGUUGUACCUCAAGGUGUACCUGUUCAACGUCACCAAUCAUGAGGAUUUUCUCGCUGGAAGAGCGGACAAGCUGAGCUUUCAGCAAGUUGGGCCUUACGUUUACAGGGAGUAUUUAGAGCACUCGAACAUUACAUUCAAUCCGAAUGGUACUGUGACAUCCUAUCCCCACCAUCCCCUGGUCUAUCAACCCGACAAGAGCAAUGGAACCGAGGGAGAUAUACUAAUCUUACCAAACAUAGCACUACUGAGUAUUGCAAAUGUCAAGAGAGAUGCAUCAUUCCCCACGCUAUUAUCUCUCAAUGCUUUCAUCACCACGACAAUGAUUCAACCUUUAGUGAAAAUGACUGCCAGAGAAUUUAUGUUUGGGUAUAAAUCGUCUCUAGUCACUUUUGGAAAUGUUUUUAUGCCGGAUUGGAUUAAAUUCGAUAAAUUGGGGCUCAUCGAUAGGAUGUAUGACUUCGACGGAGAUGUUGAAACCGUUUAUACUGGAGAGACUGACGUGCGAUUAACUGGUCUCAUUGAGAAAUACAAUGGAGAUGUCAAUUUACCCCAGUGGACCGGAAAAUGUGCGAACGUUAACAAAGCCAGUGAUGGGACAAAAUUCGCAAGUUACAUCGAACCAAACGACACUCUCCUCUUCUUCAGGAAGAGCCUCUGCCGAGCUGCAAAAAUGGUACGAAUCGGUGAGAAAGACGUGAAGGGUUUGCACGCGUAUCAGUACAAAUUUAUGGAGGACGAGCUUGACAAUGGUGUCAAUAACACGGAAAACGAGUGUUUCUGUCGUCAGGGACGCUGUCUGCAACCAGGACUCAUCGACGUCACCGAUUGUUAUUACGGAUUUCCGAUCGCCCUGUCGUACCCUCACUUCUACAAAUCUGAUCCCUCCUUAUUGGAGUCUGUAAUCGGUCUGAAGCCUGAUCAAAAGGCUCACGAGUCUUACUUUUAUAUUCAACCGAAAUCCGGAUUGCCUGUCGACCUUGCAUUUCGAUUUCAAAUAAACAUGGCACUUCAGGAUAUCAGCAGCAUCUCCAACGUCGAGCGUUUCUCUAAUAUGGUGCUACCCCUUCUCUGGUUCGAAAUUGGAAUGUAUGAACUCCCCGAAUUCAUGAACAACCGUUUCUUCCUGUAUCUGAAUGUCCUUCCAGUCUUCCAGGACGUGGCAUCCUAUGCCCUGUUCCUUGGUGGUGCAAUAUUCCUCAUAUUCAGUGUCGUGAAGAUUCUUUUGUAUCGACCAAAGGGAGCCACCCAGACACCGGCCCAGUGGUUUGAGACAGAACUCCAGAGGAAGAGGCUGCACUUCCUCAAUGAAAAUCGUAACUCCUUCCGGGCGAGGCAAAUGGACACGUACUACAACUCCCUGCUGGAGCCCAAGGAGGAGAUGACACCAAUGACUGCUAUCGAAAAUACUGAGUUCAAGGAAGAGGAUCUCGUUUAACUCAUCAUUUCAAUAUAAUUUAUUUAAUCAUCCUGAAUCAGGAGAGAUGACAAGAAAACCGUCUGAACAUUUCGUACGUUUUUUUUGGAUAGAAAGUCGUUAUUUUUCUAUUCCUGUUGUUUUUUUUUUAUUAGAUUAUUGAAGUACGCCCCGUGUUUUUGUACUUUUUUACUCAGAAAAGAACGUAUCGCGUGUGGACGAGAUCAUAAACAGAACUAUGAAGUAUUAAUUAUUCGAAAUAUAACUCGUGCACUCAGAAAAAUUGGGUUUGGAUCAAAUAACGCGUUUUCUGUGGAAAUAUUUUAAUCUGACUUUAUCAAUUACGUAAAUGAAGAUUUUUUUUUAUCGCAGGACUUUUGAUUGGUUUAUCAAUUUUCUCUAUAAGCUAGAGGCAAUGAUUUGAUUCAAUGAAUAAUUUUUCUGGAUGUGUAAAACUGAUGAUCAAACAGUAUUCGAGUGCUUUCUCCUCGAAUUUGAUGUUCUCUGGUGAAUUGAAGAACCGAUUCGAGUGAUGGAACUGCAAAAUUUUCCAGAUUAAUUAGUGUGAAAAAUUUUUCAAGGUUUUCAUUUUGAAAAUCAUAAUCGACAGCUCUUCUUCGUCAUCAGAUAAUUGUAAAUAUUGUACAUAAAUCUAGGAUUUAAAUAUUAACUAAUUCGUCGGAUUGAAUUUUUCAGUGAAAAAAUUCCUAUCAGACAUUAACAGGUGACCUCAGGAAAACUAAUGUGAAAAAUUUUGAAGGUACACCUGUGGGUGUAUGAAUAUCACUGCACAUUUUUUUAAUUGUUUAUGUUCAUUAUCAUUACACUCACAGUUGUGGUCCCGACGAUGGCCAGGCGACCGAUAAUCUUGCCUUUUUUUUAUUUAUACAUUUGAUUAACUAUUUCCAUAGGCAAUGCUCUGGUGUACGACAAUUUUGAAAUUUGGUUUAUGGAUAUUUCUGUCGUUCACAACGAAAAACCGGAUAAUUCAUGAUUAUUAUAUUUUAGGAUCAAUUAUUCUCACAAUUGUCUGCCUAAACUCGUGGAUAUAUUAUUUAUGAAUUUAAUGAAAGAAUACUAGUUUUAUUAUAAAAUACUGUAGCGUUAAUUAACCUGGUGACAUUGUCAGCACUUGCUAGCCUCUUUCGAAAGAUUUUUAUUUAAUUCGACGCUGAUUGCAGCCCGGCGUCCUAGAGAAUUAGUAAUUUUAAUUGUAACGCUAGUAGUGCAUAUAGGAAUGUGAUAGUUAUCAUUAUCCUUUCACCCACUUUUGUUGAAUUAAUUAAUAAUAGUUAUUGUUUUAUGAGAAAUAAUGGAGAUGAUGUGAAUCUUGCCAGAAGUCGAUCUGCUCUGUGGUUUAUUGGAAAAAUUGCUCAAUAAAUAAAUUUUUUUCGUAUAAAAGACUCUUGUCCUCAAUGUCUUCACCUUAUUCUCCCCUUUAUUUUAUUUUACCACCUGAAUAAAUAGCAAUAUUAAAAUUGAUGCUAUGAGGAAAGGGAAGGUGUCAGAAGAAAAUAGUGGAAAUGAAUUUCGUUUCACGGUUUCUGAAUUUAUUCAUCUUUUCACGUUGUAAUUAUUUUUUUUUUUUUAUGAAGUACGUCCUUUUGCUUGAAUUAGUGGCUGACAAAUGACAUUUUGGCAAAUGACAUAAAAAAUUCUAUCCAAUUUUCUGGAUAACUAUACUAAUACAUGAUUGAAACAUUCACUAGUAAUGAGAAGUGCAUUUUGUUCAUUUUACAAUGAAAUAAUGACACAUAAGGUGUCCAUUAUCUCUGCGUGAUAAAAAAUUUGUUUUAUUGUUGUUUAUUACGUAUUCGACGAACACACGAUAAAUCACGCUCGAGUUGAUAUUGUUCGUCAACUUCGAAUAUCGAAGACGUGAUUUUUUUUCUUCCUUGAAGCUCGAUCGAAAAAUGCCAUUUGGUUGAUACGAAAAACUACGUGUAAAUGGAUAAAUAUUUUUUUGAUUUUUGUUCUCAUUCAAGAUGAUAAUAAAAAUCGAUCGAGCAUCAACAAAUUGAGA